UCAGGACUGCAAAAUUCUAACUUCUGCAUUUAUCCUGCUCCCAUAUUUCCUUUCAACCUAGCCAAGAAAGAAAAGAAAAACAAAAAGAAAGUCUGGGUCUUUGUAUUCUUCAAUGAACAGUGCACCCCCAUAACCUCAUUGCUUCCCGUCUUCCUGUUCCACAGUCUGCUGCAGCAAAAAGUUUCACAACAGUAACUGUUCUGUCAUGCACACUUCAACAGCACAGCCAGAUUUUAUUCUCUUCAUUAACCCAAGGAAUAGUGAGAAGGAACAGACAAAAAACAUAAGUUAUAGCUAUCUCACUCAUGAUUUGUUAGGUCCAGCAUUUUUGUAUGUAAUUCUGCAGCAUCAAACACCUUACAAGAAGAUCUAGAAUUUAUCUAGUGAGCUUGUAUCUGGCUUGACAGUUCUUCCGAGAUUGCUUUGAAAGAGUUACUUACGGCUUUGGAUCACAUGAUGUGCAAAGUAGCCUUUCUAGUGAUUGCUUUUUGCUGUACAUUUUACUCGAGUUGGGCUAUUUACCUGCCUUUACCUAUAAGAGAAGCUGAACCCAAAAAACUCCAGUACCUCCUGUACCCUGUCCAAGACACUGUCUACGCACAGAGAGGAGACAGUGUCAUACUUCCUUGCACUAUCAAAGUGCUUCCAACAAGCUUCAGAAUCAAGUGGAGUAAGAAAGAACCAAACAGCCCAAUUGAAAGCCUCAUUCUCAUCAGCAAUGGGAAAGAAGAAAGAGGCUAUGGAAGUCUGGCGGGAAGGUCCAGGCUGCGCAAGUCACACAAACAGGAUGCCAGUCUAGUGAUAACAGACAUCAGACUGGAAGAUAAUGGAAUGUACCGGUGUGAGCUGAUAAAUGGACUUGAGGAUGAACGUGUCACUCUGACUCUACACUUAGAAGGGGUUGUGUUUCCAUACCAAGGACAACAGGGACGGUACAAGCAAAAUUACGAGGAUGCAAAACAAGGAUGUGAAGAGCAAGAUGCCCAGCUGGCCACAUUCCAGCAGCUCUACCAAGCCUGGACAGAAGGGUUGGAAUGGUGCAAUGCAGGAUGGCUCCAUGAUGGCACAGUACAGUAUCCAGUCAUCAACUCUCGUGAGCAGUGUGGUGGCAAAUUUCUGCCCCCUGGAAUUCGUAGCUAUGGACCAAAGAAUAAAAAAAAAGAUCGAUUUGAUGCCUUCUGUUUUACAUCUGCAAUAAAAGGUCAAGUUUUCUAUAUCAGAGGACACAUGGACUUCAAAGGUGGAUUACAAGCAUGUAAGAAGAAAGGAGCACAAAUUGCCAAAGUUGGGCAACUCUAUGCUGCAUGGAAGUUUUCCAGACUAGAUAGCUGUGAUGGAGGCUGGCUGGCUGAUGGAAGUGUACGGUUUCCCAUUAUUUCUCCUAGACCACGUUGUGGAGGUAUACCUGAUCCAGGAGUACGUAGCUUUGGGUUCCCAAAUAAGGCAUUGCAAUCUUUUGGGGUGUACUGCUACAAGGAAAACUAGAUGAACACAAAGCAUAUAACCUUUGCAGCCUAGAAGAACUGUGCCCCCAAAAACUGUAUCAGAUAAUGUAAUCAAGUGUGGGCCAUUGCACUGUUUGACUUUCUAUUAAAACCUUACAUGCUAAGCAAAUAUUGAUGUAAUGCUUAUAAAUCACAGAGUUCAGUGUAUUAGGUAUAUACAUGCCAUAUAAUACCUUACAGAAUGUAAAAGCAAACUUUACAGAUGAGGUUAUUUGUUACAUAAAAAAACUUCUCAAUAAAUGCAAGUUGUAUAUGUUU